CUCUCGCGCACGACGUGCGACGCCCUCACAUCAGCGGUAACCUGUGUCGCCAUCCGCUGCAGGCAAUUACCACCAGCAGCUGCCGACGAUACAAAUACACAUCAGCACAUUACAACUGGCUGUAAAUAGUCAAGAAUAACCAACGAACGAAUCUUACACCACCUCGCCACCCGCAAGUUCAAUACCCACGCACACGCACAACCAUGUCACCAGAGGAGGAGCGCCAGGAAGCCCUCAACAGGUACCGGGCGAAGCUCAUCGAGUCCCGCGAAUGGGAAGCGAAGCUCAAGAACCUGCGUCUCGAGAUUAAGGGUCUCCAGAAAGAAUAUGACCGCACGGAAGAAAACAUCAAAGCCCUGCAGAGCGUUGGCCAAAUCAUUGGCGAAGUUCUGAAGCAGCUCGAUGAAGAGAGAUUCAUCGUAAAGGCCUCUUCUGGCCCCAGAUAUGUCGUUGGAUGCCGAUCGAAAGUUGACAAAGCCAAACUGAAGCAGGGAACGCGUGUGGCGCUCGACAUGACAACGUUGACAAUUAUGCGCAUGCUCCCCAGAGAAGUCGACCCAUUGGUCUACAACAUGUCAUUGGAGGACCCGGGACAAGUCAGCUUUGCUGGUAUUGGUGGUCUGAAUGACCAGAUCAGAGAACUCCGAGAAGUCAUUGAACUGCCUCUUAAGAACCCAGAACUCUUCUUGAGAGUUGGCAUUAAGCCGCCCAAGGGUGUCUUGCUGUAUGGACCUCCAGGAACAGGUAAAACACUGCUUGCCAGAGCAGUUGCUUCUAGCUUGGAAACCAACUUCCUGAAAGUCGUAUCUUCCGCAAUUGUCGACAAAUACAUUGGCGAGUCGGCGAGAUUGAUCCGCGAAAUGUUUGGCUAUGCCAAAGAACACGAACCCUGCAUUAUCUUCAUGGACGAAAUUGAUGCCAUUGGUGGCCGUCGUUUCUCUGAGGGUACCAGUGCCGACAGAGAAAUUCAGAGAACAUUGAUGGAGCUGCUGAACCAAUUGGAUGGUUUCGACUACCUUGGCAAGACAAAGAUUAUCAUGGCCACCAACAGACCGGACACCCUGGAUCCCGCCUUGCUGAGAGCAGGAAGACUGGACCGUAAGAUUGAGAUUCCUCUGCCUAACGAGGUUGGCAGACUUGAAAUUCUCAAGAUUCACGCGUCAAGCGUAGUUUUGGACGGCGAGGUAGACUUUGAGAGUGUCGUAAAGAUGAGCGAUGGUCUCAACGGCGCCGAUUUGCGCAACGUUGUUACAGAGGCUGGCUUAUUUGCGAUUAAAGAUUACCGAGAAUCCAUCAACCAGGACGAUUUCAACAAGGCUGUUCGUAAACUUGCCGAGGCAAAGAAGCUCGAAGGCAAGCUCGAGUACCAGAAGCUUUAAAAAAAAAGAGAAAGCCUACGUACGAAAGACGACGACCUAGUUGUGUAUAGCUACGGAAAAGGGACAGGGCUCACUGGGCAAGCUUGUACAACUAUCCCGCACCGUAGAAUGAAUAGACUAUUUCAUGCCCCCAAAGCUCAUUUAACCAUGUGAUGACGGAGACUUGUUCGUAGACCAUAGGCUGCGGUGUAACAGGUAAUGCGAUUUUUGAGAGUGAGGAAGGCUAUCUCUGGCACUUCCUUGCAGCCUCGAAAUGACAACUCAUGCACAGCGCCUGAGCACCAGGGACAUAUGUCCUAAUGCGGGAGAAGCAGCACGACGCCAAGGCUGAGCUUAACGAGAGAGGUGGCCAAAUUAUUUCUUGCAGCGUCAGGCCAUGUGGUGUUUAGCAGUGUAGCCAAGAGAAGAGCGCGAGAGCGAAGACUUGGAGAAUGACGUAGUCACUCUGCGAUUUGCAAGACCUCGUAUCGAAUAACGGGGCAUAAUUAGUUGCGGCCGUACGAUUCACUGGAGAGUACGAAAAUAGGAGAGAAGAAUGACAGGCAUUCUCCGAAUAUCCCUAGAAAAGCCAAAUGCGGCCGGCCCAAUGACGGCAGUGGUGAAUUUCGGAAGGAUAAGCCGCCGUCGAUGCGCAGCAGCAUCAGCAUCUAUUCUUGGAAACAAG